AUGACUCCCUUUACUCUCUCUUCGUCUCUUUCUCGUUUGCCCCCCCAAAACCAGUUACUCAAGCUAAGCAUGUACACCGCUUCGUUCGCCUUCUUCGAGGCGUUAUGGGAGGCGGGGGUCACACAUUGCUUCGUGAACUUGGGAUCUGAUCAUCCAAGUAUUCUCGAGGCGAUCGUAAAGGGAAAACGUGAGAGGCCACAUAGUUUUCCGGAGUUUCUUACUUGCCCAAAUGAGAUGGUUGCUUUGUCCGCAGCUCACGGAAUGGCACAAGUCACUGGAAAGCCCCAGGCUGUUAUUGUGCAUGUUGACGUAGGGACACAAGGUCUCGGAGCCGCUGUUCACAAUGCUUCGUGCAGCCGUGUUCCUGUCCUCAUCUUUGCCGGUCUCUCGCCCUUUACACAGGAGGGUGAAAUGCGCGGUAGCAGGACAGAAUUCAUCCACUACAUCCAGGAUGUGCCGGAUCAGAAGGCGAUAGUAGCACAGUACUGCCGGUAUUCCGCUGAGAUUAAAACUGGAAAAAACAUCAAGCAGAUGGUCAAUCGCGCAAUUUCCUUUGCCAUGUCUGAUCCCAAAGGCCCUGUGUACCUUACUGCUGCUAGAGAGGUGUUAGAAGAAGAUAUUGAACCUUAUAGUCUCAAUCAGGCUGUCUGGGAUCCCAUUAGCCCUACGGCACUCACAGAGGAUGCUGUGGGCAGAAUCUCACAGAGUUUAUUGUCCGCUGAGAAUCCGUUGGUUAUCACCGGCUAUUCCGGGCGAAACAAAUAUGCUGUGGAGGAAUUGAUCACCCUGGCCGAUUCCGUGCCUGGAUUGAGGGUUUUGGAUACAUUGGGUAGUGAUAUGUGUUUCCCAGCGAAUCACAGAAGCUCACUAGGUGUCAUGUAUGGCUCUCAUGAGAAGAUCACCACGGCAGAUGUGAUCUUGGUGAUUGAUUGCGACGUUCCUUGGAUCCCUACUCAGUGCAGGCCAUCCCCCAGAGCGGCGGUCUACCACAUCGAUAUAGAUCCGCUGAAGCAGCAAAUGCCCCUCUUCUACAUUGAUGCGGACGCUCGCUACCGAGCCGAUGCGUACACAGCUCUAAAACAAAUAAACUCUUACACCGCGGUAAUGAAAAUGGAUGCAGCUACCCGCGAUGCACGAAUUCAGGCGCUAGAUAAUGAACACAAAACGCGCAUGGACAGACUAGAGCAGCAGGCAAAGCCCCGCGACGAUGGACUGCUCUCCUGCGCACAUGUGAUGAAAGUCCUCCGAGGCGCUAUUCCUCAGGACUCAGUGAUCAUAUUAGAAGCGGUCACCCAGACUGUUACAGUGGUAGACCAAAUGAAGUGCUCCCUGCCAAAGACUAUAUUCAAUUCCGGUGCCGGAGGACUUGGCUGGUUCGGUGGCGCCGCUCUAGGCGCAAAGCUCGCCCUCGAUAAUGGCACCUCCAACUCUGGCCCAUUCGUCGUAGCAAUAGUUGGUGAUGGCACAUUCCUAUUCUCAGUCCCAGCAUCAGUGUAUUGGAUCUCCCGCCGCUACAAGAUCCCAUUCCUAACAAUCGUCAUCAACAACGAUGGCUGGAACGCCCCGCUACGAUCUGCGAAACUGGUGCACCCGGAUGGACUCAGUGCGCAUGCCACGCCUGAGGAAUUGAACAUUAGCUUCAAGCCUAGUCCGGAUUAUGCCGGUAUCGCGGUUGCGGCGGCCGGAGGGGAGAUUUGGGGCGGGAAGGCGGAGAAGGUGGAGCAGUUAGCUAGUGCUCUAGAAGAGGCGAUUGGGGUUGUGAAGGGGGGGAGGAGCGCUGUUGUUGAGGUUGUUAUUGUUUAGAUAUGGGAUUGCGGGGGUAAUGAUUUUGCACACACCUAUGUACUGAUGGAUUGGUAGAUAGGUAGUUUGAGAAUCGUAGUCUACGAUCCUACUUAAUAGCUCAAAGUGGGGAAUGGAACCACUCUGGUAUAUAUUGUACAUACA